CUUUUGGAGGUACCAAGAUUUCGAGAAAAAUGAGUCAGUCUCCUACUAAUAUAAGUAUAUUUGUGAAGGCGGGCAAAGAUGGUAAAAGUCUGGGCGCGUGCCCUCAGAGUCAGCGUGUUCUCAUGUUAGCUGAACUAAAGUUUGCAGCAAAGGUAUUACCACAAUUCAAGACUAUUCCCGUGAAUGUAUCAAGAUCACCCGAAGCUUUCCGUCGUUUAGGUUUAAGACUAAGAGUUCCAGCUUUGUACUUAGGUUUAGGUGAAGACCCAGUUGAUGUGGCUGAUGAUAUUGUUUCACUGUUGGAAUCUCGUUUUCCUGGCGGAAUUUUGCAACAGAACGAAGAAGACCCAGAAGCAGAACUAGUAACCAGGGAUUUUUUCUCACGGUUUUGCUUCUAUGUACGUGAUGUUUCAAAGGAUGCAAGCCAUUUGGAGUCUGAACUUCGUCGUAUUGACUGCUACCUGAAAAAUACAAGUAACAAUGUGUUUCUUUGUGGUCCUGCACCAUCGUUUUUGGAUUGCGAAGUGUUGCCGAAGCUACACCAAGUUCGCGUUGCUGCUGCUGGUAUCAAAGGUUACGAGAUCCCAGCUAACUUGACUGGAUUGUGGCGGUACCUCCAUGCUGCUUAUUCAGAACCAGCGUUUGUUCAUACCUGCCCAUCAGAUGCUGAAAUCUUGCUGCACUGGUUUGAUCACAUUGGAGAGUCAUCUGCGAACAUCCGCAAGCAGCAGCACCAAGUUUUGAAUGGAAAGAUGCCGCACUAUUCAUUUAGUGUGCCAGUGUUUGCAAAACCAGUGAUACUUGAGUAGCAGCACUAAAUCUGCAGUGUAGAAUUUUGCGUGAAAAAUACUUUUCUUUCUAGUGUUUAAUUCUAUGAUUCUGUUAAUCCCUCACUUAAAAAUCAAAUUCUUAUGCCCUUUUAAA